GAAAAAAGUCUAUAAAUUUUCCGAUGAAAUUUCUGCUAACUUUUCUCGUUCGAAAAUGAUCAAAAAAGGCUUGUAUGCGUAGCGCAAGUCGCGAACAUUAAAUUGAUUGUAGAACUAUUACGUUAGAUCCCGUUAUUGUGGGAUAGAAUCAGUUUUAAAAGUGGAAAUUUUCUGCUUGCGGAUCGAGUCGAAAAAAGAGCCACAGCAGUGAGCCAUCACGGGAACACUCUGGAAGACGUUUCGAGCAAAACGAGGCAAGUGUUUUACCAUUUCAGUAAAAGUGCGAGUGGAAGCUGCCAGUAGUUAUAUAUUGCAAAGAAGCGAAAUAGUGCCACAUUUUAUGGUUCUGUGAAAUAAACGAAAUUGUAGGCAGCAGCCGCUUUGCUGCUGGAUAACGCCAGUGACAGCAGUGAGUGUGUUCGAACUUCCGGAUAGUGGGGUAGCGUUUGUGAUAGUGAUAAUCGUGCAGAUACUUUGCAACAGAAACAUCCAUUGCCGGGACAGGCCGCAAAAUGUUCCCACGAUACUGCCGAGAGCUUUGAGGACUUGCGGUUUCGCAUUAAUGUGGCUAAUAAUGAUGUGAGGCACACUUACAAACUGAACACACACAGUCCAGGAAGGAAAUCCAAAUAUAUUGCAAGUGAAAGUGAUAACAAAAGUAUCUCCAUAUGCGUAGCAUUGCGAGCUAUUACUGAUAUAAAAUAUUCAGUGAACCGCCUGUUCACUGCGGAUAGGUUAUAUCAAGUUCAACGAAGUGUAAUCUAAUUACCAAAGUAGUUUAGUGCAAACAAAUUAGAGCAACGUAAUCAGUGUGGAGUAGAAAAGUUUCAAUCAAUAGACAACAAAACCAGUUGAACUAGUCUUUGUUUUAUAUGGAUCGCGAACGAGACCGGGAUCGUGAACGCAGUCCGAAGCGAUCGAAACACGGAAAGAAACGAUCCAAGAAGAGCAAAAAAACAAAGAAGCGACGACAUGCUUCCAGCGAGGAAGAAGUAUCCUCGUCGGAUGAUCGGCGAAGCAAAGCGUACCGUCGAGGCAGCGACGGUGGCGGACGUGGCAGCACCGGCAACGGCGGCGGCCAUGGUUCAUCCAAAGCAAUCGUCGAAUAUUCCGAUGUAAGUUCGGAAGAUUUCUCCGCACCGGAAGCAGGCGAGAUUGAAACCGAUGGCAGUGUCUCACCCUUCGCCGGCCCUGUCGGAAAUGAUUCUAGCAGUAAUAUCAGUAGAAUUAUCAGUAAUAGCGAAAAAAGUGCCGCGACAACCGUUAAAUUGUAUAGUAAAAAUUCCGCUCCUAUUCAGCAUGAACGAUCUGGGAGUGUAAGCUCCUCACUUCCCGCUUCAUCUUCGGCAGUAAAUUCACUGACGACCAUCGAACCCGGUAUGGUCGCUAACGCCAUGGUGACUGCAAUUGCAUCGUAUGUCGAUAUAAUAUCGCAAGGUGGCACUCCAGCCGGUUCCGUUACCGUCACGGAGAGUGGGCGAAGGGUUAGUAUCACUGCCACGUCGCCGAAGAGCCAAUCGUCGCAUUCGCAUUCUUUUCGGUCCAAACGUAAAAACUCUAUAUCAUCCGAUACUUCCUCUAUGAAACAGGCUUCGAAGCGGCAUCAUCAUCAUUUAGAACCACCCGCCUCACCAACUGAAGAAAUGGAACCCGAACCUGGCGGUGAGCUGGAGGAAGAGAUAGUAGAAGAAGAGGAGGAAUACGAAUUAGUUGAAGAAGAAGAGGAAGAGGAAGAAGAAGCGGUUGGCCGAAAGCGAAAGAAGAGCAAAAAAGAUAAAAAGCACAAAAAGAAUAAAAAAUCCAAAAAGCGAAAGAAAAAGAGAGCCAAGUCGAUCUCAAGUAUCGAAACCAUAUCGGAAAGUGAGGAUUCCUUACUGGAAUGUAUGGAGUCACUAACACCGCCACUCAAGGAGUCGCCGGACUACGAAAAGACCUACACACCAGUGCGAAAUGACGAGAGCUUAACGCCACUGUCUCCUGGAACUCCCCCAAUGCGUCCCUCGAGCCGAAUGAUCAACAGUCCCUACGGUGAUUCAUCCCGGGGACGAAGUCCGCAUGUGGGCCGAGGGCCUCCGACUCGUAAGCUGUACCAAGCGAUAUCGUCACCACACACGCCUCCAGUCGUGUUUAAGAAGGGAUAUUCCGGCUACCAACAACAGCCGUUGCAGCAUCCACAGCAUGAAAGUCCGAUUCCUAUCAGCGACAGCCCAACGCAUCGCAGCAGCAGUUCACGUUAUCAUCGUAGUCAAUCAAUCAGCAGGCAUGCUUCCAACCGGCGAAGUCCCAGUCCAAAUGGUCGACAUAAACCAUACACGCCUCCGCCAUCGAAGCGAAGAAGGGAUAGGUCACCUCCGGAAAAAGACUACUACCGGAAGGAUAAACGCUACGCUUGGCGAGAGCCGGAUUGGUCUCAGCACGAUCGACGUGGUGACCCACCCAGGAGGUACUCAAUGAUUUUAGAUAUGCAGUCGAAACAGGAUAUAACUCUUGUUUUUUCUCUAUUCCUUAAUUGCAGAAGCACUACUCCAUUCACUUCUUCUUCUCACCGCAAUCGCAGUCGCCGUUCGCCAUCCAAACCACGUUCCCGCAAGACUUACUACAAUAGUCCCUCUCCCGAUCGGAGUCGCAGCCGAGCGCGGUCGAGACAUCAUUCACGAAGUCCCCGACGCUCGCCGCCCACCAGUAGGCGGUAUUCGAGCGACAGUCGGUCACGCUCUCCCCUGUCGGAUUUGUCGGCCGUGAAAAAAUUCGACAUCAAGGAAAAAAUCACCGACACCAGUUUCUUUGCGGAACUGAUAAAGGACAAACACAAGCGACUGAAGACAUUGCAGGAAAUUCUGGAGAAACAAGAAGGUCAAGAAGGAUCGAAUGUGACGGUAGUUAACGAAAAUAGCAUGUCUAAUGAUUGUGUGGUUUUGGCCACUGAUGAAAGUGUUGGUAGCGCCAACGGAAUGAAGGAUGUUAGUGUAACAGACAUUCCGAUGCCGGAACAAUCGGACAGUCUGUCCAAAAUGCCAGAAACAGCAUCCAAAGACACCGUAGACAUAUCGUCCUCGACGGCAAUAGUGGGCAGCACGACUAACGAUGGAGCGAGUAGUGACUCACGAAUACCUGUGAUAUUGAAUAGUAAAAGCAGCGAAUGUCUUAAUCAAAGUGCCAGUCAAUCGACCGAAUCCGCGACAAGUGCCGUCUCCAGCGGGGUGGAGUCAAAGCCAGCAACAGUACUCGUUAAACCAAAAAGUCUUACGAAUCUACCUAUGCCACCGGGCGUGAAUGUGGCUGAGUUAGAAGGUGCUCAAACACCCAGCCCGCCGCGACAAAUCAGUCCAGUGGCUGGUGCUCAGAUGAAGGUGAUGCCAAUUCCCACUCUCACCACGACGGGAGCAAUCACAAUGCCAAACUUCAAUAAUAGUCAUCAUCUCCACCACCAUCCUCACCAUCACCACAGAAGCAGCAGUGGCAGCAGUAGUAAUAAACGAAGCAGUAACGAACACAUGACUUCCUCGUCGUCCUUAAGUGCGUCGACGUCGUCGUCGUCGUUGUCGGCACCGUCAUCUUCCGCCAAGAAAGGGCUGCUCAAUUUGCCUAUGCCACCGAUGGUUCCAGGUUCUGAAGAUCUGAGCGGUGACGAUGACAUCGGAUCGCCUCCGCCGCCUGCUGACACACCGACAAAAAAAUCCAGUAAAUAUGGAAAGCCCAGCAAAAAGCCUCGAGGGCGGCCGAGAAUACUGACCAGGAGGUACUCGCGCAACAUGUCCGGACCGAUGUCCGCCUCCGGUGGCAAAGAUUGGGGAGAGCGGUGCGUCGACGUGUUCGAUAUGAUCGAACAAAUCGGCGAAGGAACCUACGGACAGGUGUACAAAGCCCGGGAUCGUGAGACGAACGAGCUCGUAGCGCUCAAAAAGGUUCGUCUGGAGCACGAAAAGGAAGGUUUCCCUAUAACGGCCGUACGGGAAAUCAAAAUUUUGCGUCAGUUGAAUCACAAAAAUAUUGUGAACCUGCGGGAAAUAGUCACCGACAAGCAGGAUGCGCUUGAGUUCCGCAAGGACAAGGGAUCCUUUUACCUGGUGUUUGAAUAUAUGGAUCACGAUCUGAUGGGUUUACUCGAGUCCGGAAUGGUGGAGUUCAACGAACAGAACAAUGCCAGCAUUAUGCGGCAGUUGCUGGACGGACUAAACUAUUGCCACAAGAAGAACUUUCUGCAUCGGGACAUCAAGUGUUCCAACAUUCUGAUGAACAAUAAGGGUGAAGUAAAGCUGGCUGAUUUUGGUUUAGCACGACUGUACAAUGCUGACAAUCGAGAGCGGCCGUAUACGAAUAAGGUGAUCACGCUAUGGUAUCGGCCGCCAGAACUGCUGCUAGGCGAAGAACGCUAUGGCACUGCCAUUGACGUGUGGAGCUGCGGUUGUAUUCUGGGUGAAUUGUUUCUCAAAAAACCUCUUUUCCAAGCAAACCAAGAACCCGCGCAGCUGGAGAUGAUUUCACGACUAUGCGGGACGCCGACCCCGGCUGUAUGGCCAAACGUUAUCAAACUACCCCUGUUUCAUACGCUGAAGGCCAAGAAACAGUACCGUCGCAAAAUUCGUGAAGAUUUUGUGUUCCUACCUGCGUCCUGUUUAGAUUUGCUGGACAAAAUGCUGGAGUUAGAUCCGGACAAACGGAUAACGGCCGAGGCAGCUCUCAAUUCGGCCUGGCUGAAGAACGUUAUACCCGACCAGCUUCCUCCUCCCAAGCUGCCAACCUGGCAGGACUGCCACGAGUUGUGGAGCAAAAAACGGCGUCGGCAACUUCGUGAACAGCAAGAGUCAGCCGCAAAUCUACCGCCAGGAAAACCAGCCCAGCUAAUGAAGCAAGCCACCACCAGUGCUUCGGGGCCAAUUACUCGCUCAGCUGGUAAUCCUGCAGGAGGAACAGAGAUAGGCUAGGCGCCACCACGACCACAAGGGUAGGGCACUGUAUACGCAUAUAGCCGCUAAAUGACGUUGCGAGUAGGGUUCGAUCAGCAAACGCAAACAUUCUCGCCCGCUGACAAUAAAUUGCCGCUGGCGGAAAGUGAGCGGUGAGCGGCGACGUAAGUCACUACUUAGUGGAAAGCUUGUUUGUUUUCUGCUGGUGUGUCUCGCUUUUCACCCAACACAUCGACGAUUUCAGCUUCUAAGUGGUUUGCUCCGUUCGGAUUGGAGAUUGGAACAAAACUAACAGUAGGCCCCAUUAGAAACAAUGUACGUGUAGGUUAUGCAAGGGAUCAGGACAAAAUGGAAACUGGUUCGGUUCAAUUUGAAUAGUUACAACGUACCAGUUUCGCAAUUCUUGUCAUUUUUUCUUUGAGGGAGGAAGAAACAAUAGACUUAAACAGUGGACAGCUGCUAUUUUCUAUUUUUAUGAAAAAGAGACCCGAAAAUGGAUAAUGGAAAGAAAGAAAUAGUGUAUAGAAAAUAAAGUUAGUAAAAACCUUGUACUAAAUGUAAGUAUAUUGAAAAUACUGAAGCGAUAAACAUAAGCUGUGCAUAAAUACACACACACAUAAACAUGAGAUAGUGAGUAAACGGAUCAUGGAAAACAUCAAGGAAUUAGGUGAGCAACCCUAUCAACUUGUAAAUUUGUUAACGAUUGAUUAGCGUAUAGAAGCAAAGCCUUAUUUCUUAUUUUUUUGUUAUCGGAAGAAUACAGUUUAGACGCUGAACCGAGCUAAGCGCUCCAAGCAUCUAUAUGUUCUCCAUUCAGUUCUUGAACUUUCCUGUGUCACACAGUAUGAUGAAAUCAAAUGAGGUUUGUCACAUUGUACACUCGGCGUGUAUUCACAUUAACGGAUUCACAAACUAAAAGAAAGUACAAACAACCCUCCCGGAAUUCUUGUCACAUUUUUUAUCUCAAAUGCCUUCCUUGAUUUUCUACGGUGCGUAGAUUGAACAACCGCGUCGUCGUCCUAAAACUGUAAAGUGUACACACAAAAAAGAAACACACACACACAUACGAAAGUUUGUAUUUUGAUGCUACGUGCUUGUACUUGCGCAAGUUGAGGACACAAGGAAAGUAACCAGGUGAAAUCAGUGAGUCCGCUUAGGUUACAAACUGAAAACAGGAACGAUUAAAAAAUCAAUUUAUAAAUAAAGAAUCGCCAGAACAUC